CUCCUUCUUCCACCUCCACUUCCACCGACACUGCAACUUCAACCCCUUCAACAACCUCGCGACGCACCUACACAUCGCACGCAACUCCAACACAACCAUGAACACACCAGCCAUGGACGCCACCCCAGACACCGACCUCCCCCCACCACCACCACCACCAGGCCCCCCACCACCACCAGUCACCACCGACGACGACCCCCCACAACCCCAACCUUCCUCCUCAAUCACAAUCACCUUCCGCGACCACCGCGGUUUCGAACAAAGCUUCAAAUUGAAGACCAGCACCAAGAUGGGUAAAGCUAUGGAUGCUUUUAGCGCAAAAGUCGAGCGUGAUCGGAAAGCUUUGAGGUUUUUGUUUGAUGGGGAGAGGGUUUUGGAUGGGAGUAGUGUUGGGGAGUUGGGUAUGGAGGAUGGGGAUACGGUUGAUGUUUUGGAGGAGCAGAUUGGUGGUGAGGGUGAGGAGGAUUAG